GGGAGACCUGAUAUAGUGAAUGCAGGGUCCGGAGAGACCAGAUAUAAUGAUUGCAGGGUCUGGGGAGAUCAGAUAUAAUGAAUGGAGGGUCCGGGGAGACCAGAUAUAAUGAAUGCAGGGUCCGGGAAUUGACGGAUAUAGUGAAUGCAGGGUCCUGGGAGACCAGAUAUAGUGAAUGCAGGGUCCUGGGAGACCGGAUAUAGUGAAUGCAGGGUCCUGGGAGACCGGAUAUAGCGAAUGCAGGGCCCGGGAGACCGGAUAUAGUGAAUGCAGGGUCCAGGGAGACCAGAUAUAGUGAAUGCAGGGUCUGGGAGACCAGAUAUAGUGAAUGCAGGGUCCAGGGGGGACCAGAUAUAGUGAAUGCAGGGUCCGGGGAGACCAGAUAUAGUGAAUGCAGGGUCCGGGGAGACCAGAUAUAGUGAAUGCAGGGUCUGGGGGACCAGAUAUAGUGAAUGCAGGGUCCAG